CAGGCGAGAAGCACUUCGGUGCGGUCUCCGCCGCCGCGCUGCUGCAGACCCCGCGCGCGGCUCUGGCGCAGCUGCAGGGCGGGCGGCGCGGCACGCCGCUGCAGGACAGCCUCGCGCAGUUCCUGGCCGACCGCGCCCGGAGCACGGGCAGCAAGCUCCUCUCGCUGGUGGCCGAGCGCGUCGCGGCCGACCCCUUCGAGAAGGUCAAGAAAAUGGUCAAGGAUCUGAUUGUUAAAUUGAUGGAGGAGGCAACGGCGGAGACAGAGCACAAGGUUGCGCUCCUUGUUUGUCAGGAGAGUUGACAUUGAUGGCCCGCUGCGUGUCUAUGAGCAAGCUCACGAGCACCAUAUGGUUUGAUUAGUUUUUGUGUUUGUGCGAUGGCGUGC